AGUUGCAGUACGUACGCCAGCAAUCGAGACAAUCUGGAAGGAGACCUUUCCUCAACUUUUCGGUCCACCACCAACGCCGACCUCACGAUAGACCCUAGAAUUCCUUCCCAAAAAAACCACCAACCCCAUCUUCCCCCGACCUCGACGUUCACAAACUUUCAACAAUGGCGCCCAAGCGAACCGCCUCCUCUCAAAAAGCAGCAGCUGCUGCUCCCGCAGUCCACCACCCCGAGCCGCCCACCUCGCCCGCAGGACCGACCGCCGCGGCCGCGAUCCCGGGCACGAUGACCUCGCAGCCCAAGGCCGUCCCCAUCACCAUGACCCCCAAGAGUGCCAGCGGCAGUGGCGCCCAGAACUGGGACCAGGUCCUUGCCAACAUUUACAACCACUACGUCAAGAGCACGCCGCAGCGCACCAAGCUGAUUGAUGUCUUUAUGGCCUUUUUGGUCGUUGUUGGCGCGCUGCAGUUUUUGUACUGCGUUAUUGCUGGAAACUACCCCUUCAACGCCUUCCUCUCUGGUUUCUCUGCCACCGUCGGCCAAUUCGUUCUCACCGCAUCCUUGCGCAUCCAGACCACUGAGGCCAACAAGUCCGAUUUCCCCUCUGUAUCACCCGAGAGAGCUUUCGCCGACUACGUCGCAUGCAGUCUGAUUCUGCACUUCUUCUGCGUCAACUUCAUAAACUAAGGGCACAUGCCAGAUAAAGCAACAGGGAAGGUUUUCUUCCUUACGGUCAGGACAAGAUUAGGGGGGUGGCCCCCAAAUCAAAGACAGAGGUUCGAUGUGGGGGUGGAUAGACCAAUUGGUGGUAGAGCAUCAAAGCUACAACAUCAUAACCGCAUGAACAUGCGGAACGAACAAAGCAAUGUACAUUAUUCGAGCAGGCGUUGCAUCACAGCACGGUAGAUGUCUAAGAGAAGAAGAAAAAGUGCAAUUCUGGGAAUCA